GAUUUCCUUUACAAUCUGACAUAGAGAAAGAAGAAAUACCGUCUCACCAAUACUCACAUACAGCACAUGUGAAACAGUCAUCUUGGGUAAAGAAAAAAACAAAUAUAUAGUAUGUCCAUCAGAGUUUAUGGGUUUAAGAAAAGAAAGAAAUAAGAAAGAGAAAAUGAAAGGAAAAGUUAUCUGUACUGAAACCUGAAUAAGUCACAGGUAACCAAUACAUCCAUUGUUCUAUUUUAAUUAAUGAAAAAAAGUACUUAGUUUACAAAAGAAUAGAACUUUAUUGUCCACCAGAGUGGGAAAUUGUCUUUAUCUGACUAAAACAUAAAAGCAGCACAAAACAUGCAACAUAUAACAAAGUACAAUAGUAAAACAAAAACCCACCUUAUUAAAUAAUACAUAUUAACUAUUACAUAAAAACAUGACAAAAGUAAUAAAGGUCAAAGGGCAUAAUUAUCUUAUUUAAAUCUCUUUAAAUAAUUCCUGAGACAAAUUGUAUGUACAUAUUACAUACUAAUAAUAAGCUCACCAGACUCAAGUCAUUUCUAAACUCAAUAAGGAAUAGUGAUUACCAAAUAAAAUCAGUGAAUUAACAGUAACUUGAAUUUUCUGGUGCUUAUUCUCAUUUUAACCUCCUUUUUUCCUUUCUGUCUCCUGUUUUAUGUUCCAUUGAUAUUAAAUGGUUCAUAUGAGUGGUGCGGAUGUAAGCUGUUGUUAAUGUUUGUAUAAGUAGGCUAAGUGAAUAUGUGAGAAAGGUUUGCUUUCUGAAAUCUAUCCUAAAUAAAAAAAUAUAUUAUUUUGAAUAAUAUAAAAUAACGCUCCUGUUCCUAACUUAAUUACAGGAUUUGUUUGAUGAGUAAAAUAAUCCCCCAGCAUACUGUCUGAGCAGCCAUCUCUGCAGGGCGUUUCUUCUCACUGACCGGCGCUUCACGCGAGCGCACAGCGCGCGCCGGACAGCGCAGCGCCUCUUGCGCCCCCCGCAGACUCUCUCCGGAACAACACUUGGCUGUGAAAACAUCUUGCCUGCCUCAAAAUCGCAGAAGAGUUGCGGCGGCGUGAGCCUGCAACGGCGGGUGAGUGACUGACGGACCGCUCGGUGGUAACGUUAUGGAUGUGCGGACCCCGAGCGAAGCAGCGUGUUUCCCGCAUUCCCCAAAUGGCGGAGUGAGCGAGGAUGCGACUCCCCAGUUCCAUCUUUGUGUCGGUAUCUCUGUUCACGGCCGAGACCACGGCAGCGCUCUACCUCAGCUCCACGUACCGCUCAGCUGGAGACCAAAUCUGGCAGGGGCUCACGCUCCUCUUCACGCUCGUGCCGUCCGUGCUCGUGCAGCUGACCCUCACCUUCAUCCACCGGGACCUGAGCAGAGACAGACCGCUCAUCCUGCUGCUGCACAUCCUGCAGCUCGGACCCGUCGUCAGGUGUCUGGAGGCGUUCUGCAUCUAUGGCAGUGUGGGCCGUGUGGAGGAGCCUUAUGUCAGCAUCACCAGGAAGAAGCAGAUGCCUCGCGGGGGUCAGUCUGAGGAGGUGGAGCGGCAGGUGGGGCAGGCGGAGGGGAAACUGUUUACGCACCGAGCAGCCUUCGCCCGCACCUCUGUCAUUCAGGCCUUCCUGGGAUCUGCGCCCCAGCUCACCCUGCAGCUCUACAUCUGCGUGCUGCAGCAGGGGGUGUCCAUCGGAAGAGGCACACUGAUGGUGAUCUCCCUCCUGUCUAUUGUGUAUGGAGCGCUGCGCUGCAACAUCCUGGCCAUUAAGAUCAAAUACGAUGACUAUGAAGUGGACGUCCGGCCCAUGGCUUAUCUGUGCAUCUUCCUGUGGAGAAGCUUUGAGAUCGCCACUCGUGUGGUGGUUCUGGUUCUGUUCAGCUCUGUGCUGCAGCUCUGGGUCCUGCCUGUGGUUUUGCUUAACUUCCUCAUUUUCUUCCUCUACCCCUGGAUCCUGUUCUGGCAGAGUCACUCGCCGUUCCCUGAGAAUAUAGAAAAAACUCUGACCAGGGUGGGAACCACUAUUGUGCUUUGCCUGCUCACCUUCCUCUACGCCGGCAUCAACAUGUUUUGCUGGUCAGCCGUGCAGGUGAAACUCAAUGACCCGGACCUCAUCAAUAAGUCCCAGAACUGGUAUCGCAUGGCCGUGUACUACAUGCUGCGUUUUGUGGAGAACGCCUCGCUGCUUCUGCUGUGGUACAUCUAUAAAACAGACUUCUACAACUUCAUCUGUGCCCCACUGCUGGUGCUGCAGCUGCUGGUCGCCUACGCCAUCGCCAUCUUCUUCAUGCUGGUCUUCUACCAGUUCUGCCAUCCGUGUCGGAGGCUGUUCUCCUCCAGCAUGACCCAGGGCAUUUGGAACUGCUCCUCUCUUCUCUGCCUCAUGUGCAACUCUGCUUCGCCACCGAACAGGCCGAUGGGGAAGUCUGUCCUGGAGCCCCCGAGCCCGACCACACACAAAGAGCCAGCAAAUGACAGAGCCCACGACACAGCCAGCGACACCACAGACGACAUGCCUAACGACACAACGUAUGACAUGCUCGAUGACACAAUCUAUGACACAAAUGAAAUGGGCAAUAAUCUAGGUGGUGGAGUCAACGGUGACAUUAGCCACAGUGUAUCCUGCAAUGCUUAAAACAUCACCAUUAUUUGACGUGCCAUUUGGAGGAACGACUGACAAUUAUCAUACCCUCUGUAACCUUUUAAGUGCCACAUGAAUCCCUCUGUGUGAGUUGAGUUUACACUUUAAAUCUCAUUUUUCAUGCAUCCAUCUCAACUCCGUUUUCUACCACUGUCUAUUACUCCUAGAUGAAGCAAAUGUGUCCUUAAUUUUAGAUCUAUUCUGGCUGCAAACAUGCAUAGUGUUUCACUUGUGUUGUGUAGAAACAUUGCAGAGGUGGUGCUCAACUGUGUCAUCAGCCAACAUCCUAACCUUUCAUCCUGCAGCCUUUAAUACAAAUAAAAACCCAUGGACACCAACAUUACUUCUUUAGUUUUGGAGACUGUCCACUUAUAUGCUGCAUUACUGAUCACAAGGAGCCAUGCAUUUAAAUUGAUUGUAUUUAGUAUAUCUUUGGCAUGGAUGUGUGCAUGUGCGGAGCCUCAGAUGAGGUGUAACAGUAAUUCGGGGGGGUACAGGGUUUUUUCUGAAACCCCUCAUAGUUUUACGGCUGCAAGCGAUCAGCUUUUUUACUUCUUGAUAAGAGCUUUAUCAUUAAUACGCGCUGCUUCUGUGACGUAUUUGUGCUUGACGAGACGUGAAUCUCCACACAUGUUAAAGAGGCUGUUCGAUCACCAAACACGUCACUGUAAAGCACGGACAUCUCCGAGCGUAAUGUUUUUGCACGUUUACAUAAAGGAUUUUAAGUGGCUUUAGUUGAGCAGCAGCAGCUGUAGUGAUGUGAAAUGCUUUUUGUUUGGAUGUAUUUGCAUUUUUCUAACUCAUGCUUGUUACAUCUGUCAGCUAUGCAUCUGUAUGUCUCAUUAGUUAGAAUAUUUACACCCAAGUGUGCACACAUAAAUUGAUUAUAUAUAAUUGAAAAAUGUUUGGAAUUGUAACAAGUAUUUUUGCUUAUUUUCAACCUUUGAUGUAUAAUUGUGUGUGUGAGAGAAUGUCAGUGUUGUUUGUUUUUGCACUAACUCCUUUUUGCAAUGUAUCUGCAGAGGGAUGACAGCCUCGAGUAUGCGCCUAAUGUUUGUAGAAAUAAGACAAGAAACCUUUGAAGCCAAAAAUAUAUAUAUAUAUGAAAAACUUAUUGUACACACCGAACAUUCUCAUACAGAGCAAGAUAAAAAGGAAUUUAAAAGAUAAAACCCUAAAAUCUUAAUAAAUUUAUAUUUAUAUGUGAAAA